GAUGCAGACGCGCACUAUCUUUUAAGGCCGGCGUGAGAACAACGUAAUCUGAAUUUAAUGCCCACUGAUAACGUUUUAUGUGUGUAUAUUAAAUUUAGAGAUUCAUCCUUCGUUCAUGUUCUGGUAGACGCACCAAGAUGUACGAGAUUUUAUUUGAGUCGCUGGACGUCGUCAGUCUGUUCAUCACGUCCGUGUUCUUCUUUUUGCUCGGAUAUCGGCCGCCGUGGUGGCAGAAGACGGUGAAAUGUAAACAGAACGAGCAAACCAUCCCCGGACCGUUUUCCCUGCCCGUUUUGGGGACCCGGUGGAUUUUCACCUUCGGAGGAUACAGUUUCGGGAAGAUCCACGAGUAUUAUUUGGAUAUGUAUAGGAAGUACGGGGCUGUGAUGAAGGAGGAAGCUUUAUUUAAUGUGCCUGUGAUCAGUGUUUUCGAGAGGCAGGAUAUCGAAAAGGUGCUGCGGAGCAGCGGCAAGUACCCCAUAAGGCCCCCGACGGAAGCCAUUGCCCAAAUCAGAAGGGGGUUGAAAGAGCGAUACGCCAGCACCGGGAUAGUCAACGAGCAAGGCGAAAGGUGGCAUUAUUUACGAUCUUCCUUGACCUCGGUCUUGACAAGUCCGAAAACCAUCUCAGAGUUCACACCACAAGCCGAAGCCAUUGCGGACGACUGGUGCAACCUUCUGAACCAACUUGGCAACAAUAAUUCGGAAGUCAAGGAUUUGCACGUGGUCAUCGGUCGACUCGGACUAGAAGCGACGUGCGCCUUGGUACUCGGCAGGAGAAUGGGCUUCUUAAUUCCGGGCGAAGAAUCGCAAUCCGCCAAAGAGUUGGCAAACGCCGUGCACGAUCAUUUCAUCGCGUCCAGGGACACGUACUUCGGUUUGCCCUUUUGGAAGCUGUUCCCCACGCCGGCUUACAAGUUGUUGGAGAAAAGCGAGGAAACGAUUUACAAAAUUGCCUUGGAACUCAUCGAAUCGGCGGACGACUCGACGAAGGAGAGCGCCGUAUUUCAAUCAGUUUUGAGGGCGCACGUUGACGACAGGGAGAAGACUGCGGCUAUUGUGGAUUUCAUUGCCGCAGGAAUACAUACGCUGAAGAACAGCCUCCUGUUUCUGUUUUAUUUAAUAGCCGACAACCCACACACUCAAGAAAAAAUUAUCAACGACACAACUGGUGCUUAUUUAAAGGCGUGCAUCACCGAAUCCUUCAGACUUUUGCCUACCGCCAAUUGUUUGGCUAGAAUCACAGAAGAACCGCUCGAAUUGUCCGGGCACAGACUCAAAUCGGGAAGCGUACUAAUUUGUCAUACCGGCAUUGCAUGCAGGAACGAAAAGAAUUUUGUUGAUGCGGACAAAUUUAUUCCGGAAAGAUGGCUAGAUGAUCAGAAAUCUAACUAUGGAAAUAAUGCAGCAUUUUUGGUGACCCCGUUUGGUAUUGGCAGAAGAAUUUGUCCAGGGAAAAGAUUCAUAGAACAAGUUUUGCCUAUCAUUGUGGAGGCAACAGUGAAAACGUUUGAACUUAAGGUUGUUACACCUCUUGAAUUGCAAUUUGAAUUUCUGUUGUCCGCAAAAGCACCUAUGAAUAUGAUUUUUAAGCCCAGGAAUUAAGUUUUAUUUAUUUUUUUGUGAUAUACGAGAAGUUAGUACAAAAUAUCCCAAUUGAAUGUUAUUUACAUUUAUGUUAUUUAUGUCUUUACAUAUAGAUUUACAUUAGUUAUUGAUAUUUUAUUAUAUACAAUAUCACUUAGAUAAUAUAUUUGGUAAUAAACUGUUGCUAUUAAGUUCUGUUAGUACCUAUUUGGAGGUGUGAUUAAAAAAUUGGUUACAAAAGAA